AUGACGCUCCUGGAAGUCAUUCGCCACAAGAAGCCCUCAGCCUCAAACUCGAGACGCGACUCAGCCGGACACUCGUUGGCGUCACAGCGAGCUCUGCCGCCGCUGUCGCACUCUCAAGGAACCACGCCAGCCUCUUCGUCUCCCAACUCUCGUCGUUCAUCUUACGACUGCGGCUGCGCUCAAGAUUCGCCCAUUCCAGGUGCCUACGUGGUACAUUCCCCAACGUGCGACUCGCACCAUCAGUCCGGCGUCGCCUCUCACGGGCCGGACUUUAGCAGGCUGAGAAAGUACAGAGGGCCAAACACCUCGGCAGGUGCUUGCGCUGUGUACCACAGCGAGCCGGUCGGUAGUCCUCGGACGUCGGAGGAGGUCAAGAACGCGUACCUCGCUAGCCAAGCUACCUCGGCCAACCGGAAUCAUCACCAUGGUCACAGUCCUAACCUCGCCAUGACUCCUCUACCGGAGCCGCACGGUGGGGCUAACAGAAUUCAAGCCCAGGCGCACUGA